AAUGGGGACCUGAUAUCUAAUCGAUCGAUUUGUCCACUUCUAAUCAGUAGCAGCGUUGAAAUAGCCACUACAACAAUAGCCCGAAGCUCAUUAGUGUACAUAUAGCCGGUUUGGCGGUGCGUACGACGACAACAGCUGCUGCAAGACAUGUGGCCCACCUGGCUUGUUCCGUUGGCUCUGCUCAGCAAUGGGACGCUUCCGGUGGGAAAAUUCCACGGCCAAAGUGGGAACAGCAGUAGUAGUGGUCGGGAACUGCGGAACGUGGAGUUUAGCGUUGACGAAGUGCUGUUGUUGAACCGGUAUUUCGUUGACUUCUUGGCGGCAAUCGACGACCAAGCUGCGGCGGACUCUGCCGAUCCGCAAUGUGCGCUGGCAAUGCGGCAACUUGCGACGGGUUAUCUGGCCCGAGAACGACUCGGAUUGGAGUGGUUCGAUUCGUGGGGAAAGAUUCCUUCGGGUUUGUACCACCAGAAUACCUACGCACUGGGCAACGUCGAUCAGUGUCGGGACAUCGCCGAAAUUCGGAUGCAGCACUGCACAUUCCUAGGGGCGCCUCCAGGUAACCUGGAGCUAUUGGUAUCCGGAUUGUGUGUUCCCCAACUGUGCAAUCCGGAUUUUGUGCAACUUCUGUACGCAGCUUACUUGAAAACGCAGAGUGUCACGUUGGUUCCGAUGGUUGAGCAGGAACUGCUGUGCAUCAGAGAUGAAGAAAUUCAGUAUGACGGAGCGGUUAUAACUGCCAUAGUGGUAAGCUCCAUAAUCGGCCUUUGUGUAGUCUGCAGUACAUUGUACGAAUUCGUCGCAGAGACACUGAAACGUGACCCCAAGCUGCUGUACAGUUCGUUUUCGUUACUGGGAAAUCUGCGGAGUAUUCUCCAUUUGGUACCACGAGUCAAGAGCGCUCAACAGAGGUCCAGUAUGAUCGAGUGUGCGCAUGGCAUCCGAUCGUUGUCCAUGAUCUGGAUAAUCAUAGUCCACAUUCAUGAAUUCUUGCUGGUCGCUCUAUGGAAGAACAGCCCUACAAUGUGGAAGUACAUCAGGUCUUUUGUGCCUUCGGUUCUUCAUUUCACCGGUUAUUUAGCCGUCGACACGUUCUUGGUGCUCAGUGGAAUGCUGGUUGCGAUGAGCAUGCUACGAGAGCUGGACAAGAAGGGAAAGAUCAACCCAUUGAUGUUAUACCUGCAUCGAUAUAUCCGAAUUACAGCUCCGUACGCUGCCAUGAUUCUGUUUGUCGUAUCAUUCGCACAAUACACGGGAGAAGGGGUACUAUGGAAGGUCCACAUGAACGGUUUCAAGCAGUCUUGCGUGACCAACUGGUGGGCAGCCCUUUUGCACAUUCAGAACUACGUCGCUCCAAAUGAAAUGUGUUUGACGUGGACGUGGUACCUCUCCGUGGAUAUGCAGUUGUACAUCAUCGCUCCGGCCCUUAUCUACCCGCUAUGGCGAUUCGGCAAGCGAGUGCUCAUCGGAAUCGCUGGCCUUGCGGUUCUAUCGAUGGCUUGUGUUCUGGGCACCUUCCUGUACAACGAAUUCCGGCUGAGUCUAUUCGCUCCGGAUGUCGACUACCGGAGGUACGCUCUGACGUACUAUUCGACGCACGCCCGCAUGGCCGUUUGGCUGUGGGGUCUGAUCUUCGGUUACAUCCUGCAUAAAACCAAGGACACCGGAGUGAAUCUGUCGAAGCGCAAUUGGACCGCAGGUUGGGUGGCUUGUUUCACUCUCCUUGGACUUAUCGUUUUCUCAAGCUACCAGAUCUACGUUACCGACGUGGCAGAUUUCUCCUACGUGAUUGAUGCCUUCUACGAACCGUUGUCUCGGUCCGUAUUCGCAGUCUGCGUGAUGUGGAUAAUACUGGCCUGCGUGAACGGCAAAGGUGGCUUACUGGAUGAAUUUCUCGGAGCGUCCAUAUGGCAGCCGAUUUCUCGGUUAUCGUUCACCAUGUAUCUCCUUCACGUCCUGCUGCUGAUGAUGGCCUCGGUGGCACCGGACAAAACGGGCGCCUAUUUCAGUGUGAUCAAUCUGUUCUAUUGGAUCUGGGGAACGAUAGGACUGACGACGAGUGUGACUCUGUUGUGGAGUGCCAUAUUUGAGCUUCCCUUUGUAACGCUUUCCAAGUUACUUCUUAGGAGUUAAGAUGCAUCGUAGUUGUAACAUAAAAGUAAAUAAAUGUUUCAUUUACUUAAAUAUAUGGUUACUGCGUACCCGAACACAUUCGAGGUAUGAAAAUAUUC